AUUAGUUUGCCAAUUUUAUUCGGGGUGUCACCUAUUAUCCAUAGCAAAAUUUGGGAAGUCUGUAGAAGAUGCAAGUCUGAUUAGAAGUUGAUUGUUCCAUGGCGGAAAAAGCAGGAAAAAUAGAGGGAGUAGAGAAGGUAUGCAAGAGAUGCAAACAGACAUAUACUUCAGCUUCUAACAACUCAAAUUCCUGUCGAUUUCAUCCUUCUUUCUUUGUCUGUCGUCGUCACGACGAUCAGAAAAGGUAUUAUGAACUAGGACCAGAUGAUCCUCCUUAUGCUGCCAAGUUUUAUGAUUGCUGUGGAGCAGAAGAUCCUGAAGCAAGUGGCUGUACCACCAGUUUCCAUGUUUCAUAUGAUGAUAAAUAGGAAGAUUCUCAUGGUUGUUAUGUAACCUUUCUGUAAAUUAGAAACUGUACGUGAAAGAAUUUUGCCCUUUGAUCUGAAAUGGACAGUCUCCACAUGGUCUACAUAUUUUA